AUGAACACACUCCACGCGCCCACCGUCCCCUCGGGGCCGACGACGGCCGCCAGAGCCACCAACGGGAACCCCGCCCAGCUUACUAUCGCCGAGCUCCAGAGAAAGAAGGAUAACGUUGAGGGGGAGCUCAAGGCGUUGGGUGGCGUGCUUGAUUCCCACGGUGUCGACAUGAACACAAACCUUCUCACCCCAGAUGGGUUUCCCCGGGCCGACAUCGAUGUGGCACAAAUCCGUACCACAAGAGCGCGCAUCAUCCACCUUCGAAACGAUUGGAAGGAGCUGAUGGGCAUUAUUGAGACACGACUCCACGAACACUUUGCGAGCCUUGAUGACGAUAAUAACACAGCCCCGGCCCAAACCAACGGCACUGGCGCCUCCUCCGUACCGAGAGACUCCGUUCCCGAAACUCUCGACCGACCCUUUGCAAAGAUAAACACGGUGGCGGACAACAGCCCGGCAGCUGCGGCCGGGCUCCAGCCGGGUGAUUUAGUCCGCAACUUUGGCUAUGUCAAUUUCGAGAACCAUGAUGGCCUAAAAAAGGUCGCCGAGUGUGUGCAGGGCAAUGAAGGGCAAAACAUUCUUGUCAAGGUGUCGAGAAGUAGUGGGGGAUCUGGACCCCGGGAGCUCCGGUUAACAUUGACGCCACAGCGGAAUUGGGGUGGGCGAGGCACGCUUGGGUGUCAUAUUCUUCCUCUGUAA